GUUCCGGCACGAAGUUCACGAAGCAAAGAACUCCGCGAGAUUAGCAUUUAGGCAAGUCACAAGCACAACAAAAAGUUCCAGGAUAGCAAGGCGUUUGUGUAAACCCAACUCAGUUAUAAAAGGGUAAGUAUCAAUACAUAGAGGCUACGAGCUUUUGAAAAGGGUGGAAAGACAAGAGGCGUCAAAUAUGGGGUGGUUGAAAAGUGACAGGGUUCCACGAACAAACCCUGCCAGUCGUUUUGUUUUCUCUUUAAGCUUUGUUUAACGUGUUGUUGAAUAGCGUGCCAUGGCGACCCAUCUAUCCUCCGGCUUCACCAAAAGCGAAUUCGUUGACCCCACCCCUCUCCCUGAAAGCGUCCCCAAAGUGGACGAAGUUGGUGCAACAUCAGCACCAUUAAAGAGCGCGUCAUUUUUCAUUGGUCAAUACUGCAAGGAAUACAAUGAGGAUUUCAUGCUCUGCAAGGCCGAAAACAACAACCCUGAGCACUGCCUCAAGGAGGGUCGCAAGGUGACCCGGUGCGCCAUUGAUUUGUAAGAACUUUAGAAUUGCAAAGAUCGAAUGACUUUGGUCUUCGCCCAGUGAGAGAGAAAAAAAAGAAGAAAUGAUUUGACGCGAUUUAACUUGUAAUAGAAUCACCAAGCUGCGAGAGAACUGUGGCAAGGAGUUCGACGCCCACUGGCAAUGUUUGGAAAACCACAACCAAGAGCUGUAUUCCUGCCGCAAGCCUGAACGUACCUUUAACACUUGUGUAUUUGAAAAGCUGGUAGGUGACCGUGAGCUAGAUACCUGAUUUUUUUUCUGUUGGUCAAAUUAUCUUAACUGAAAUGUUACCAUCAUCGCAGGGCUUGGAAAAGAAGAUUCCCG